ACAUGCUUGAUUCUAUACCACCACGAGCGCAGCCUCAACACACUGAUACCUACAGUAAUUGUAGUAGCUGAUAUUGCUUCCAUUAUUUGCAUCAAGGGACGUCUUUUUUUGACUGCGCAGGUCUCUCAAUGUUGCUUUCGGAUGACUCGAACAGCACAGACGCACAGGUCCAUGUGCUUCAGUUCUCUGAACCGCAUGGUUGAGCAGAACGUGUCGAAUGGCAUGAAUUCAUUCACGCGUGGGGUACCAUAAUGUACACGUCGGAUAUAAAGAUAUCCUCUAUAUUUCUGUGCCGGGUUACUGGUCCCAAUGUACCGCAUCGUCUUCCGCAUCGUCUUCGAGGAAGACGUUAAAUGGCCAACCAAUCUAGAAACAUUCUAUGGAGUCAUCCCGACGAACUAUUCCUCUCCCGCCCGCUUAUGGCCAAUUCCUGGGUCAAUCAUCUAAUCGCAGACAGACGAGUCACUCUGGGAGCGUCAGAAGUCGACGAACGGAGCACAGUUACACUCUGACAUCCAGCAAAAAUGUUCCAUGGGUUAAGCUCGCCGUUAUCAGUCGGGCACUAUCUCCAAGUCAUCUUCCAAGUUUCUUCGAGGGCGAAGAUGUUACUGGCAGUCUAAGUCUAAUGUUAGACCGAGAAGAGUCAAUCAAAUCAAUAUCUGUAUCUAUUAUCGGGCAAAUGACGACGUCAGCCACCGAUGUAUACUCUUUUCUCCUCAUCUCGCAAGACUUAUGGACAAAGGCAAUGGGCGAUCCCUCGCCAACGGCACAGAGUAGCUCUUCGAAGUUUUCUGGGAAACUCCGAGGCGACUAUUCGUGGCCAUUCUCUUUCACAAUACCUGCUCACGUCACUCUUGCAAACCAAAGCGGUACUCAAGAAACGUGGCGCAUACCACCAUCUUUCUCCGAACGACUGACUCGGGUGCACAUACAGUAUCAACUUAUAUGUCACUUGCGUCGUGGAAAGUUUCGAAUUGAUAGCAAGAUUGGAACAGUUUUCGCAUUUAUACCGAUCAUCAAACCCACGCCUUUCUCCGAUGUCAGAAAGCUUGCAUAUGUCAAUAACAGUACCUUGCCAGGACCGGACUUAGACCCCAUCGGAUGGGAACGUCUACCCACAUUCCGGCUGCGCGGUCAAAUAUUCAAAGCUCGGGCAGUUGAAACGCGAUAUACAUUGUGGUUAGCAAAGCCUCUCGCUUACACUCGCGGAUCGGUUCUUCCUUGCACAGUGCAUAUAGAAUGUUCGGAUGUACAGGCACUUGACCUACUUGCAUCGCCAGAAGCAAUGGACAUUCGGCUACGGCGUCAUAUCUCUAUGGGCUUGGCGGACGUCAGCAGUAUUUCAGCGAGAGCUCCGGCUUAUGGAAUCGAGUUCGAAGAGACGACGGAGGAGAUCAAGUCAGCGGUGUGGUGGCCCACCCGCCAUGGCACCACCUAUCGUGCUCUGGAUGGCGAAAUCCAUCUGCCGCGCGAAUUGAAACCGAGUUGCUGUAUAGGGAGAUUCAGGCUUUCCUACACGAUAGACGUAUAUCCACUCAAGGCUGUGGCUUUCAUACCUGAUUCUGAGGACGCACGUCCUCUUGCAUCACAAGUAGUGGACAUGGUAACUGCUUAUGCACCGGGACCUCGCCCCAGGGUAUACUGUCCGUCCCCGCCCAGCUAUGACGAUGCCAGUUCGAUUCUCCCACCUUCCUAACUCUCAAUUCCCCGUCCUGCAUAGCCCGCUUUUGCUAGGUGCGCAGCUGUUUCAGUCUGACACCUACGGCACACGACUCCUUUGGCAUCGCAGUGUUUCUGUGACAAUAUACAUGCACCGCCAGCCUACGUAUCUCUACAACCCAAGAUCUUGAACACGUUAUCAGUUCUGUUGUCAUAUAGAUCAAACGUGAUCCAUACGUUCUUGGGAUUGUAGUGCCUCAUCGGUGUUCUGGCGUCAAUUGCAUUUUCUAAGUCGGCGUAGGCCAUAUGUACAGCAUGCAGACAAUGAUUAUUCUGCAUCUGCAUGUC